GAGCGGGCAAGGAUGCAGCUAAACCGGACUUUUACUUAGAGAGCAGUUUUAUUAUUAUUAUUAUUAUUUUCUUUUGGAUGGACAAUCACAUCCACACAUAAUCGUGUUAGGAUAUAUGAGUGUUGCAGAGGAAAGGCAUGCAGCCGAAUGAUCAGAGCUAAGAGGAUUUAAUGCAGCUGGACAUGACCCAUGCUGAGUAAAGAAGAAGAUUGUAUAGUUUUAAUCAAGUUUUUAUUGCUGGUCACUUUGAGUUUGGACUGUCGAGGAGCGAUGUUUGUCUUCAUCUCUUUAUGCACUCUGUUAACUACACUAUAAGUAUGCUCACUGCACAGAGAUGUAUGGUUUCAACUCUACAGUAAAAGGGAAUACUGACACAAGACCUUGCCACGGGUGGACCUGAUCUUUACUAAGCCAGAUCUGGACUCAAAAAACGCAUGAAGAUGUGUCAGUGUUAUUCUGCCCUGCUUAUGAGCUGCUUGUACUUGGUGACAUGUGGAGCAGAGCUCAGAGCAGCUGUGUCUCCUCUGGGUUGGGGAGAGAGUGAUAAGGAGGAAAGCGUCUCUCCUUACGGCUCUCAUUCAGGGAUUCUCAAAUCCCUGCGGCUUUUCUCCCACACGUCCCAAUCUAACAGCCAGAGCCGUGAAACCGCUCAGGACUCUGGGGCACUGGAUCUGUGGGCUUGGUUAUCCAACCACACUGAUACUGAAGAAACCCUCUCGAGGGCCAGACGUCGUCCCUAUGUGAAAACGGGCAAGUUUAAGAAGAUGUUUGGCUGGGGCGACUUCCACUCGAACAUCAAAACAGUCAAGCUAAACCUUCUCAUUACUGGGAAAAUUGUCGACCAUGGCAACGGAACCUUCAGUGUCUAUUUCCGACACAAUUCCACCGGUCUGGGCAACGUGUCCGUCAGCCUGGUCCCACCUUCCAAGGCUGUUGAUUUUGAGAUCACUCAACAGGAAACCAUAGAUGUACCUAAAGACAGUAAGGCCUUCAAUUGUCGAGUGGAAUAUGAGAAGACGGACCGCAGCAAGAGGACAUCUGUUUGCAGUGACUUCCCGAACAGGGUAUGUCUACAGGAACAGACCCAAAGCCAUGUGUCUUGGCUUUGCUCCAAGCCCUUCAAGGUCAUCUGCAUCUACAUUGACUUCUUCAGUGCAGACUACAAGCUAGUACAGAAGGUCUGCCCAGAUUACAACUACCACAGUGACACUCCCUAUACCUCCGUGGGAUAGCACAGCCUAGAUUGGAUGUGUUGAGGUAACUGAGGCGUCAUCUCUUUGUUACAGCCUCUCUAGUCUGUAGUUUCCUUAAUCUGUUCCACAAAGAAGCAGAUAAAUGGGAGCAAGGCCAGAUCGAGGAACCACUCUUCUGAUUCUAUCUUACUUGUCCUUCUAUGUCGAGGAAUGGAAUAGUUCACCCAAAAAAGUAUUCCGUUAUUUCUGUCAUCAUUUUCCACAGAAGAAAGUCAGUCAAACAACAUGAGGGCGAAUAAAUGACAGAAUUUUCAUUUUUGGAUAAACCCAUGCUUAACCCAGGCUAAGUCCUGAUUUCUGAUUUACAGUAUAGUGACCCCCCCUGACCCUUUCUCAGUGACUCUUGUGAUGUCAUCAGUGUGAUGUUUUAAAAUCUCCAAAUCAAAUGUAAGCUGUGAUUCAAGAACAGAAAAAAAAAGAAAACAUCUUGUAUUGCAGCCAUUUGUGAUGCUCUCCUUUUCAUGCCAGCAUAUUUUUGUGUUCACAGAAACAUUGUCAAUAACUAAGCUUGAUGUUGAAGCCCUAAUGUGCUCCUCAGUUCUUUUGUAUUUUGUUUCUGUUAUUAAACAAAUGAUUAGAUUU